AUGUUUUGCACGUUAUCUCAAACCUUUAUUUCUGAACCAAAGUUUAAUGAAAACUCCACCCCUGCUUCCAAAACAGUAAAUGUUCGAUUUGUUGAUCGAAAUGGUAACAUCAGACAUCUUGAAGGAGAAGUUGGAGAUAAUUUGAUGGUACUGGCCCGCCGGCAUAAUAUUGAAAUAGAGGGUGCUUGUGAGGGUUCUCUGGCAUGUUCCACUUGCCAUGUCUAUAUUGAUCAAAAAUUUUAUGAUCUGCUCCCACCUGCUUCUGAGGGGGAGGAAGAUAUGUUAGAUUUAGCUGUUUUCCUACAAGAAAACUCCAGGUUAUCCUGCCAAAUAGUGCUGACCAAAGAACUAAAUGGAAUGACAAUCACUUUGCCAAAGGCUACAAGAAAUUUCUAUGUUGAUGGACAUAUUCCACAACCUCAUUAG